AUGGCUACCCAGUAUAAACUAAGCUCCUCACAAAGAGAUCGCGUAAAAAAGUUCAGUGCCAUUACUCGAAGUUCUGAUAAGGUUGCUAUUGACUGCCUUCAAAUGAGCAAUUGGAGGCUAGAACAAGCCGUAGAUUACUUCUACAGACAGAAUCCAACUCCUCAAGGACCUACUAUUAAUGAGGCGAAAAUUGACCAUCUCUUCCAGCGUUACCGUGAUCCUCAGUGUCCUGAUCGCAUACUAGCUACAGGGAUGGAGUUAUUUCUUGUCACAGAUCUCCAUAUUGACCCAGAAAGUUUAAUCACUUUAAUCCUAGCUUGGAAGUUUUCAGCAAAGACCCAAGGAGAAUUUACUCGCGAGGAGUUCUUUCGUGGGUUCCGAGAGUUGGGGUGUGAUUCAAUCAGUUCCUUGCGUAAUAAACUUCCUAGUCUAUUAAGUGAUAUCGAAGACAAACAAAAUUUUCGUUCUUUAUACUUAUUCACAUUUGGCUUUGCUAAUUUGGAUAAACAUGAAAGUAAAUCAUUAGUUCUUCAGUACGCUAUUCCCUACUGGGAAAUUCUUCUGCGUGGUCGAUUUUGUCAUUUAUCCCUAUGGUUUAAAUUUCUUCAAGAACAUCAUAAACGUCCAAUUUCUAAAGACACAUGGGACCUUCUUCUAGACUUUGUUGAAACAAUUUAUCCUGACAUGUCUAAUUAUGAUGAAGAAGGUGCUUGGCCAGUACUGAUUGAUGAAUUCGUCGAAUGGGCAAAGCCUCAAGUUCAGAUGGAUAUUCCACUAACAAACCACCCAUGA